AUGAACCCCGCCGGCGCGUUCUACUCGCCAGCACCGCCUUUCGCCAUGGCCAUGCCUGCACUACCGCACGCACCCGCAGCUUUGCACCCCACCGCCGUCCCCAUGCCGGCGCCGGCCGCCUUCUACCCCGCCGCCGUCCCCAUGCAGGCGCCGGCAGUCUUCUACCCCGGCGUUCCCAUGCAAGCGCCGCCGCCUCCGCCGCCGCCGUUCCGCGUCCCUGUCAACGCGGUCUGGGCGGACAACUUCGAUGCCGUGCGGCGGGACAUGGGCUACUUCGCGGCGCACGCGCGCUGCGUCGCCGUGAAGGUCCACUACCCCGGCGUCAUCCACGGCGUCGGCCAGGACCUCGGCGCGCUCACCGCGGAGAAGCGGUACGCCGUCCUGAAGGCGAACGUGGACGCCCUCAAGCCGCUCCAGGUCGGGCUCGCCGUCGCCACCGACGACGGGCGGUUCGCCUCGUGGGAGUUCAACCUGUCCGACUUCGACCCGGUUGCCGACCCCCACGCCGUCCAGUCGCUCCUGCACCUCGGCCGGCGCGGCCUCAACUACCUCGAGCACCGCCUGCGCGGCGUCCCCAUGGAGGAGCUCACCAGGGCCCUCCGCCGCAGCGGGUUGCUGAGCAGCCGGCCGGGGGUGUCGUUGGUCACGCACACCGGCGCCUACCACCUCGCGUACCUGAUGAAGGUCCUCAACGGCGGCGACCCGCUUCCCGGCGACAUGGCCGGGUUCCUCGGCUCGGUGCGGCGGUCUCUUGGCGAGGAUGUCUACGAUGUCGCGAGGAUGGUCGCCGACUGCCGAGACAUGCCAGUGGGGCUCGAGCACAUCGCCGGCAGGCUCAAGCUUGCGCCGCCCCUGGCGUUGCACCCGCUUGCUGGCGCCGGCAGCGUGCUCGCUCUAGAAGCGUUUAUUAUUCUACGAUAUCACCAGUUUCGAGGGGACGUGACCACAUACAGAGGUGUCGUCCAUGGGCUGCAGACUGUCUGA